AUGUCCGAGCUCAAGGUCUGCUGCUCAAGAAGCUUCAGUGCAUCAAACCAUUGCAUUCCCAGUCCAAAUGGCCAGUUCAUUGCGACGUUGACAUCUUCAGACAUCAGCGUUCGCUCCACGUCGUCACUUCAGGUUGUUCACAUCGUCGACCUGCCCAGGGACCUUUCUGGACCAAUUCUCAGCUUCAAAUGGUCGCCAUCGUCCCAGCACCUGCUCGUUGCCGUUGCCGAGCAAAUUCACGUCUUCUCGGCUCAGGAAGGUAGUAAUCUUCAUGCUAUUAUCCGCAACCCCACACCGCCGGGUAUGAAGCCUUGCUUUAUCGAUUUUGGUGCAACGGAUUCAGAGGUCAUCCUCUUCUCCUCACUUGGAUUGAGACUUUCAAUAUUCAAUCUCAAGACCUCCAAAACGGUCGAGAUCAGCAGCCCAAAGUUCUACAGCAUCUCAUCUGCAAACAAAAGCUUUUCCAUCCGGCCAAUCAGUCGGCAUCUUGCUGUACUCACUCGAACCGAUGGGAAAGAUGUGGUCAGUGUUCACCACCCGGAGACCCGCGAGUGCCAGCGGUCAUGGCCGCUCGACACAAUAGAUGGACAUGGCAUCACAUGGAGCCCUGAUGGUCGCUGGUUGGCUGCCUGGGAGAGCCCUGCACACGGCCACAAGAUCCUAUUCUACACGGCCGACGGCAACCUCUUUAAGCUCUGGUCUGGACCGCACCACAAGUCACUGGACGUAGCAUCCCAGGAAGAGUUUGCUCUCGCGCCAGGGGUGAAGCUCGUGCAGUUUUCACAUAAUUCUCGGUACCUUGCCAUCGCAGAUUUCAGUCGCACCGUGUACUCGCUUGAUAUGACCAUGGUAGCCGAGACAGCCACGCUGUGCCACCCACCAACAAUAACCCCCCGAGAUGACGGCCAGGUCUGGCAAGAACAGCUUAUCACGGCAGGUGAUGGCGAGGCCGUUUCAGGGGGAUUCAUCAAGGCCACCCAGGCUGUCAGUCCGACCGGUCGGCCAACUAGCGAUCAUCAAGAACUCAAGACUGGGCCUUUUCGUCUGUCCUUUGACGAGUCAUCGGCCCUGGUCGCUACUGCACUUGUAGAAUGGCCUAGUACAGUGUGGGUAUGGGACGUGAGCACAGCAACCUUGCGCGCAGUGUUGCUUUUUCACUUUAGCAUCUCCUCACUCGUCUGGCAUCCUCGAAUCCCCGAAACCCUGCUCAUUACAUGCGAGGUCAGCGAAGAUUCCGGCACGGCAUACAUAUGGACCACUGGGAACGCACCCGUGCUUAUCAACUUCCCACAAGAGCACAUCCCGGUCAAACCUCAAUCGACGAGCCAUCAGUCGGUGUGGCUGGCAUUGGAGAAUAAUAGGGUUCCCGUAGCCGUCCACUCGAAUGGCUCGCACUAUGCAAUGGCUGCCGUCCUUAGAUCCAACGACGAGCUGACCCCCUGGCGGGAUGAGCCUGGCCAAGAUGGUCAGGCGCGAGAGGAGUCUCUCUUGGAGCUCGUGCCAGCUUUCAGCUCUGCCCGCAGCCUACCGAUCGCUAGCGACAGUGGUUCCGACCUGGACUCGUCGGACGAUACCUUCCAUUUCAAAAAGAAGGGAUAG